UCAGGACUCAUUGACAUGAACCCAUUCUCAAACUUGCUCGCCAUCAUUCAGAGACCUCGCUACAUAUGCUAAAGCAACAUUAUGGAGAAUAUUAUUGCCCGACAGAGGCCUGUUGGGAAAUAAUACUCUUAAACAUGGCUGACCUUGUUCGAUGGUGGUUCCUUUUCGAUUCAGAACAGUCCAAUCUCGACGAUGCUCGUGACCCUACUGAGGUCACUCUCCUAGAGUUCCCGCACUAUACAUGCCGAAUUUCAGUAUUCAGCUCUGUAUCCCCGACGUUUCAUGCACCCAGUGGAAUCGGCGGGAUGAAGCAUGAACAUAUUCGCGCAUGUCCCUCCUGGAGAAAUGAAUACGCGUGCAAUGAUUGCGUGUUUGUCAUUACCGACCCAGAUGCUCAUGGGUUGUAGCUGCAUUCUUCUCUUUUCGACAGUACGGGGGACUUUUUCCGUGCGCGGUGGUCCGUUGGUUCAACCGGGUUGGCGACACACCUGAUCCUGACACUGGUAUGGGAAUGGUUGCGCCAGCUUUCACAGCGA